AGUGUUUCUCAGACUGCGCCGGAGUCGACGCGCGUCGAUUGUGAUCUAAAUAUAAAAAUGAAAAGUUUGAGGUUAUUUCUGGUCCUGAUUGCAGCCAUCUUGGCUUCAGCCCAGGGCUCCAAUCCCGUGGUGAGGGUGUCCCAUGGUCUACUACAGGGGUCGUGGAAGGUUUCCCACAACGGGAGGACUUACGCCAGUUUUGAAGGCAUCCCGUAUGCGCGUCCGCCGGUCGGCAAAUACAGAUUUAGAGAGCCCCAACAGUUGAAGCCAUGGUUGGGGACAUGGGACGCCACCAAACCCCUGUCCCACUGUCUGCAGUACGAGCCCUUCCAGAAAGCUGUUGUUGGUAGUGAGAACUGCCUAUUCGUCAACGUACACACCCCGAAUCCCAACGCAGGCGCGUCGUUGCCAGUAGUGGUGUUCAUACAUGGCGGAGCGUUCAUGUAUGGUGCGGGCUCCCUAUAUGAACCUGAUUACUUCAUGGAUAGAGAUAUGGUCAUCGUCACCUUUAAUUACAGGCUCGGACCUUUAGGUUUCCUGAGCACAGGCGACGAAGCUGCUCCUGGCAACGCGGGGCUGAAGGACCAGGCCUUUGCCCUGCAAUGGAUCCGCAACAACAUCAUGAUGUUCGGCGGGAACCCUGACAGUGUCACCCUCACAGGGUGCUCCGCUGGGGGCGCUAGUGUGCAUUACCAGUACCUCACUUCUUUGUCGAAAGGAACAUUCCACAGAGGGAUCGCCUUCAGCGGGUCAGCGUUCGCUUCUUGGACCCAUGCAGUCAAACCCGUUCAGAAGGCCAGGACACUAGCCGCCAUAGUGGGCUGCCCUACAGCCACCAACCGGGAAUUAGUGGACUGUCUCCGCUACAGACCCGCCGAGGUCGUCGUCAACGCACAGAUUGAAAUGAUGGACUGGAAAGUGCACAUGUUCACGCCGUUCACGCCCACGGCAGAGCCUCCGCAAGUGCGCGAGCCGUUCCUCACGCAGUACCCCUACCACGCGGCUCAAGCCGGCGCCAUGCAGAAGCUACCCCUCAUCACCUCCGUCACCUCUGAGGAAGGAUUAUACCCUGCUGCUGCAUACCAAACGGACCCGUCUCUGCUGAAGGAGCUAGAACUCAGAUGGAGCGAGCUCUCGAGCAACAUCUUCGAGUACAACGACACUCUGCCUGUGAGCCUGCGGUCAGAAGUGGCUGCGAAGAUCAAGCAGCGGUACCUGGGCGGUAAACCCGUUAGCCAGGAGACUUUCGGGCAACUCGUUCAGGCUCUAGGCGACCGCCUGUUCGUGGCAGACGUGGGCAAGCUUGCUCAGAUCCACGCCACGAGGUCUGGCCAGCCCGUGCACGUCUACAGAUACUCCUUCCGAGGAGAGAAGAGUUUGAGCAACCUUAUGGCCCAGAAUAAUAAAAACUACGGUGUGUCUCAUGCUGACGACGUGUUCCACGUGUUCAAGUUUCCGGACCUGAACUCGGACAGUGUGGAAGACAAGAAGAUGGCCCAGCUGCUUAUAGAUAUGAUCUACAGCUACGCCACUACUGGGGUUCCAAAAGUAAGCAGCCAGGUGCCCUGGAAAACGGUGACUCCAGGGUCCCCCGAGCUCAACUACCUGGAGAUCAUGUCUCCCAGCAAGGUGGAGAUGAGAUCCAGCUCCGACUUCGGACAGAAGUCCUUCUGGGACAGUCUGGGCUUCGUCGAGAACGAGAAAUACCAAACUUAUCUUAAAGAUGAACUGUAAUUUGGAGUAAUGUUUCAGUUGUACAAGGUGUUAGUGACCUUUGGGGGAAUCUGUCGGCAAAUUAAUAUGUUUCUUGUGUUUUAUCAAUUAUUUUCCCAUAUUGUCUACUCUACAAAGUAGGUCAAAAUCAGAAUCAUUUAUUCAACGUAAUUAUCAUGGAUAUAAACUUGUUGAAAGUCAAUGUAACAUUUUUGAAUUUACGUCAUUUCGCAAGGUGUUAUGUUAUGGUUGAGGAGAAGAAAUGACAAGAAAUUGCAACAGCAACACAUCUUUUAAAUCAAUGAGGGUAUACAUUACAAGUUAUUUAAUAACUAGAGGACCAUAUUUAAUACCAGAAAUUUUUAUCAUUUAGGUAAUCAUUAAUCUUAUAAUAAGCUUUUUUUCAUAAAGUAAGCUUCACAUGAGCUUUAAAUAUAUUUUCCGAAAAAAAUCAAAAUAUUAUCUGGUAUUUUAUUGUAAAAACGCAAUUAACCCCAAAAAAGAUGAAUUUAAUUUAAGUACUUAAUCUAGAAUUCUGAAGUAGCCGUGAAUGAGCGUGAAUGAAUUUUUCGACAGAAAAUCUCACUUGAUAAGUAUCAACUCGUAAUUAUGGUCUGAAUCAUCUCUCAAACUUUUCAUUACGGUGUCACUAACAUCCUAUAUUUAAAGAGUACCGUUUGCGGCCUUCUGACGCAAACCUACAUUGCCAUUUUUACUUUUUUUAUAUAAAAUUCUCAAUAUUUUAAUUAAGUUAUACCAUGUUAUGUACCAUACUAUUCAUUUCAAUGAAUUAAAUAUACAUACUCGUAAAUACCUACCUUGCCUACCUAUCU